CUAUCUCUUUCACUCUCGUUAACGAUCUACUCUCGCACUUCCUGCACUUGUUCACAUACACUCAGUUAUACCCCUCUCUUACACCACAAAAAAAAUGUCUAAACGCCGCCAUCAAUCCACAUAUACCUUGCUGUUGUGUCAACGUCUGCUCAUCCUUGCUCUUACCCUCCUCGCUACCGUCCUGGUUCUCAUCCCAACAGUGCCUGCACAACCACAACUACAACCACCACCGGGGCCUCAACCCGGCGCAGGUGUCAACCCAAGUAUAGCUUCUGCAGACUCGAGUGUGCUCGCUGCAACCGCUCCAACCAAGACCCAAGUCCCUGGCAGCAGCCACGCCACAAUCACUAUAUCGAACAAUCCGGUCUUUACAGCCAUGCCCUUAACCUCUGUCAUCUCAACUGUCACUGUCCUCAAUGGCACAAUUAUGACCGUAACAGCGGUCAUCACAAUCGGCCAAACUGGACAACCUGCUACUCAACAGGCCAUCCCAGCAACUAGCACAUUACCCAAGGCGCCACAAUCCAUCUUGGUAGUUCAGUCCACGAGCUAUGGUAAGAUCCUGCCAGCUGCAGGACCGCCUAAUGAUCAGAUCGAGAGCCAUUUCUGGGACCAGUUUGUACCGAGUCCUCAGGGCAAGAAGAAAUCUUUGUCAACAGAAACAUCGCAGGCAUGGACAUUUACAAUUGGAUCUGUCGUCUGCAGUCUGUUGAUCGCACUUGAGAUGAUUCGUCUUUAGAACUAGGUACCUUGCAGUAAAUAGCAUGAGGUCGUAAUAAAAUAUUCGAC